UCUCUUUCUUUUUUCAAGACAAUGAGGGCAAAAUUAUCCAAUUAUUUAAAAAUAUCAACAAGCUUCCAAAAAAUAUCUUAUAUAUAAGGAGAGAAGGAAUAUUAAGGACAGGAUAGGGAUAAAAAUUAUUAAAUUUUGUGUUGCCCAAUACUUACGUAAAAGUAAAAAAGGAAACAAAAUAAUUAAGUUGGGGACCACGUAUUUUGGAAAAAUCCUAUAUAUGGGAGGCAUAUCGUGGCCACGCGAAUUAAAUUAGAAUCACAGUACACAAGAUUUGUCCCCAGGCACGUGAUCUUUCACUGUAAACAUAUAAACCACACAACAUAUAGAAGCAGCUCAAAAUUAAAGCAGCAUGGAAACAUUCAUAUUUUUGAGGAGCAAGGCAGUGUUGAGAAAUUCAGACAAUUGCAAACAUGGCUGAUAGUAUUGUUGAGCAUGAGUUAGAGCUCAGCGUGCCGGCAAGCGAGGAAUGGGAUCUCUUCGGCAUGCUAUGAUUCUGAGAAUUCGCCAAGCAAGAGAUGCCAGAACUGUUUCAGAAGGUGGAGCUUGUUGAAGGAGAUGGAGGAGUUGGAACUGUUGUUAAGAUAACAUUAGCACCUGGUAUACUAGGGCUAAGCCCUUAUAAAGAUAGGUUCGCAAAGAUAGACAAUGAGAAGCGGAUCAAAGAACUAGAAGUAAUUGAAGGAGGCCCCUUGAAGCUAGGGUUCACUAAGUUUAGGGGUUGGUUUGAAGUGAUAGAGAAAGGCGAAGAAUCGAGCAUGAUCAAAUCUACAAUUGAGUAUCAACUCCAAGAAGAUUUUGCAGACAAUAAUGAUACUGCCCAUCUUGUUUCUGAUUUUAAUUAUUCAAGCUCUUGCCCACAUUGCUCAAGUUGCCAAACUUCAUCUCAACAAAAACAGAACAAAACUUGCACAUUAAGCAAACUAAAUUCACGCAUGCAUGUAUGUUUUGAAAAGUUGGAUUUAGAAGAAGGAGGAUGA